AUGGGUUCUUGUACUUAGAAACUUAAAAAAGUUAACUUAGAAAAUGCUCAAAAAAGGCAAAAAUUAAAAGAAAUAUAGAUUCAGAAUUAAAAAUAUUAAUAAAUAUAGAGUUAAGAAUAAAUUUAAGAAAAGAGAAAGAAAAAAAUGAUCAUGUAAAAUGAUCAAUCGCUGAACAUUCAUAAUUUCAUCUUGAUUUAAACAUGUAAAUUGUCGAAAGUAUACUCUAUUGUUUCCAAUACCAAUAAGGAUAAUUGUAUUUAAAUUUAAGGCAAAGGAUUAAAAGAAAAUAUAUAAAUAAUGUAAAAUAAUCUAACUGGGAGGAUUAGAAUAAUGGAGACAUUAAAAUGGAAUGAUAAAAAUACAUAAUACUAUAUUGAUAAUCUUAUGGCAAACCCUUUAGUAAUUUUGAUAUAAAGAAUUUUAGUCACAUCCCAAUAUCUCUUAAACGCAUGAGAUGUAUUAGGAUGACGAAUCAAUUCAUAUAAUUCAUGAUUAUUGCAGUGGAGGAAGUUUAAGUAGUUUAAAUUUGAAACAAGGUUAAGGAAUAGAUGAAUAAAUAGCUUUAAAAGUAUUAUUUUAGAUGAUAGAAUCUAUGAAUUAUCUUCAUAUUAAAGGAUUCAAUCAUGGUCAUUUGACAUAUAAAAGUUUUUCAAGAACAGACGAAUCAGAAAACUACUUUAUUAAACUCACAGAUACAAAACCAAUAUUUAUUAAACCAUAAAUAACAUUUGAAUAAAUAUAGUUUUUUGCUCCUGAAAUAAUUAUUAAUGAUGAAGAAUAUUCAAUAGCUAGAGAUGUUUGGUCUAUAGGAAUCAUAUUUUAUAAACUUUUAACUGGUAAUUUGCCUUAUGUGUCUACUCAAUUAAACAAAUUAAAAUUAGAAAUACGAAAAGGUAUUAUAUAAUAUAAUGAUUUAUAAUUUGAUAAGAUUUCUUAAAGAUCAAAAGAUUUUUUAAAUACAUUACUUUAAUAUAAUCCAUCAAUAAGAUCAGAUCUUAAUUCUAUAAUUAAAUCUCCAAUGUACAGAAAAUUAGUUUCUUAAACAAAAUAAGUUAAUAAAUCAUCUACAGGAGUAUUAAUGAAUAUUAAACAAGCCAAUAUUAUUUAAUCAUUAUUUUUAUAAUUUUUAGUUAGCCAAUUUUGUUAAAAUUAAUAGAAUGAAAUUUAUUUAAUGUUCAAUAAAUAUGAUUAAAAUGGAGAUGCUAAAUUAAGCAAAAAUGAAAUAUUUGAACUAUUACAUUAAUAACUAAGAUCAAAAGAUUAAGCAUAACAACAUGUUGAUUUAAUAUUUAAAGCCAUUGAUACAGAUCAUAAUGGUACCAUAGAUUGUAAUGAAUUUAUUAGAUGUAUUGUUGAUAGAUAAGCAUUAAUUACUACUCCUAAUUUAAAAGUUAUAUUUAAAUUAUUGUCAAAUGGUAAAGGAUCAAUUCAUAAAAAACGAUUUAUGCAAUGUUUUUCAGUUAAUUAAAAAUAAGCUGAUGAAAUGUUUGCUUUAAUCACUAAAUCAAAGAGAAUCACUUUUAAAGUAUUUUCAAGAACAAUGAUGGAACUUGUUUGA